AUGUCCGAAGUUCAGAGCCGGUCGUCUGCGCGCGGCAGAGUAUCCACCCGCGGUGGUCGUGGUGGUUAUAGCUCCAGAGGUGGCCGUGGUGGAAACAGCAGAGCCGCAAACACCGACAACUCAGACCUUGCCCCCUUCGAUGAGGGUGAAAUUGGACAGAUGAAGAAGAAAUACUCCGACGCUCUGCCCACUCUCAAGGAGCUGUUCCCUGACUGGAAGGAUGAGGAUCUCGUGUUUGCCCUCGAGGACUCCAAUGGCGAGAUCGAGGAAGCCAUUGAGCGCAUUACCGAAGGCAAUGUGUCGCAGUGGGGAGAGGUCAAGAAGAAGACCACAGACCGAUCUCGGCCCAAGCCCAAGGAAGUCCAGAGCACCUCGACCGAGUUGACUGGAGCUUCUGCCCGUGGAGGUCGCGGCCGCGGUGGUUUUGAGGGCCGCGGUCGUGCUCGUGGAGAUCGCGGUCGUGGCGGACGUGGUGGACGGGCCGGUGCCCAAGCCACGAACGGCGCCCGUACCGCAGACGUCUCUGUUCCUACUUCUACUGCUCCAGCGACCGAGCCCGCGCCUGCAGCAGUCUGGGGAGACGUUGAGAGCGAGCCCACAGUGGUAGCUACAGAGUCGACUGAGCCCAAGACCAGUGUGAUCCCCGAGGGCACAAAGAAGGGAUGGGCCAGUCUCUUCGCCAAACCCCCUCCUCCUCCACCGCAGCCCAAGAAGGCUCCCGAGCCUGCUCCCGAGCCUGCCGCCCCCGUGCAGCCCGAAGAGCCUGUUGUUGAGCAGCAGAAGGCCCCCGAGCCCGCCCCAGUUCCUGUCCCCGUCCCCGUCCCCGUCCCCGCCGCCACACAGAAGACGCCCGUUGCCAAGCCCGCCGAAGUCACCGUUCCUGUUAUUCCUCAGACCACCGUCAAGCCUCCCAAGGAUGACUUGACCGAGACCAACCUCGAACAGAUUCCCGACGUUUCCGCUCCUGCUCCUACUGCGACUGCUGCCAGCACUGUCGGUAGCGCCUUUGACCCCGCUGCGGCGACUGCCACUCCCUCCCGUGCGCCCCCAGCUACUCUUCCUGGUAGCGGCCUGAAGCAGACCAGCCGCGCUCCUGGCUUCCAGCGUCGUGUGAUGGAGCAGCAACAGGCUGUUGUGAUGCCCGGUAACCACGCUGUGGACCGUGCCGCCGUGCAAUUUGGUAGCAUGGGCUUGAACGGUGACGCUGUUGACAUUGAUGAGAACCGCGAGGAGGCCGAGACCCGCGCCCAACCUCCUCAGCACUCCCCCGUUGCUCCUCGUGCCUCCCUUCCUCCUGCGACCCAGGGUGCCGGCGAGACUCGCCCUGCCCCAGGUCUUCCUCCAGUUCCUCAGGCCUCUGCCGAGACCUUCAACGACUUCGCUCGCUACUCCUCCGAGACCCAGAAGCCCUUCGACCCCUUCACUCAGCAAGUCGGCCAGCCCCAGCCGCAGAUCCAAGAGCCGUUCGCCAACCAGGCUCCGGCUCAGCCUACUGCCACCACUGGCAGCGAAUACUCUCCCUUCUAUGCUGUUGACCAGCAGCGCUUCCCUUACAACUACUACGGCAGCUACGGCCAGUCCCAGGAUGCCAAUGCCGCCCCCCGCGGUGCCGGUUUCGGUGGUGUCUCUGCCGCUGAAGCCCAGCCCCAGAUCCCCACCACUCAGCCUGCCGGUCGCUAUGGCCCCGUUGAUGCCACCAACAGUGGUCACAACACUCCCAACCCGACUCUCCCUGGUGCCACUCAGACCCCUGCUGCUCAGCACAUGCCCGGUCAGCAGAGUGCCCACGGUUAUGGCUACGGCUAUCCUUACUACUCCAACCCCCACUACGCUUCGUACAUGAACCAGAUGGGUCAGCACGCCGGCGCUGCCUAUGGCCGCUCCGGUCGUCCUUACGAUGAUGCCCGCCGUUAUGAUGAGCAGCAACACUACGGCAUGCCCCACACCUCCCAGUACGGUUAUGGUAACCAGUACGGUCCUUACGGUGGUGCUGGUGGCAAGGGCGGUAUGUACGGCCAGCCUCACGGUUUCUCCUACGAUCACACCUCCUCCCCCGCCAACGCCGCUGCCAGCAGCUUCAACCAAAGCGCCCCUGGUCGCGACUCCGUGUACGGCCGCACUGGCUCCGCUCAGCCUUCCGACACCCAGCAGACUGCUGCGGGCUCGAAUGCCUUCAGUACCGGUAUGUCGGACGUCUUCGGACGGUCCCAGGCUGGCUUCGGCCAGAAUCCUCCCGUUGCCCAGCAACCCCCUGUGACCACCGAGGAGUCUAAGGGCUUCGAUGCGUCCAAGACCGGUGGCCCCUCCCCGUCUCUUGCCCAGGCCAACCUCUGGUCUCCCCCUCUCCAGGGCCAACAGGGCCAGCAGGGCUUCAGCGGCUACCCUCACCUGAACCCCCAGUACGGUGGUCUCGGCGGCCUUGGUGGCCACCAGGGUGCCGGUUCGCAGACCCACCAGCAGCAGCAACAGCAACAGCAGACUGGCUACGGUAACUACGGUGCAGGCUUUGGUAACUACUAUGGCAACACCGGCCGCGGCAACGGUGGCUGGGGUGGUAACUACGGCCACUAG